CCUCCUCCUCCUCCUGCAGAGAGCUCAGUGGGGGCUGCCCCACUCCACUGCCAGGGCUGGGGACAGCGUCCCCCACCACAGCGGGGCCAGAGGGAAGGGUCCAAGGUUGGUACUGGAGGGUGGAACCAAACCCAGCUCUGGGGGGCAGCGGCUUUGGCCUGCUGAGGGCACGGCAGAGCCCCAGGGACGGGGAGUGGUGCAAGGCAGAGCCGGGAAUUGCACACCAGGAAGGCAAAACUUCGCCCCGGGUUCUGCCGCAAUCCCGGCUCUGUAUAAACGGCCCGAGCGCCGCCGGCCCGGGCUGUCCCCGAGCGGUGCCGGCACCGAGGAUGUGGCUGUGGCUGUGCGUGUUGGCGGUGCUGGCGGGGCUGCUCCUGCUGCGGCGCUGGCACCGGGAGCGGCAGACGGUGCCGGGGCUGUGGGAGAAGCACGUGCUGAUCACGGGCUGCGACAGCGGCUUCGGGAACCUGCUGGCGCGGCAGCUGGACGGGCGCGGGCUGCGGGUCCUGGCCGCCUGCCUGACCGAGGCCGGGGCGGCGCGGCUGCGGGCGGCCGCCUCACCACGGCUCCAAACCGUCCUGCUGGACGUCACCUCCAGCCAGAGCAUCGCCGCCGCCAGCGCCUGGGUGCGGGAGCGCGUGGGUGACCGAGGGCUCUGGGGGCUGGUGAACAACGCGGGGAUCGCCAUCCCCACCGCCCCCAACGAGUGGCUGACCAAGGCCGACUUCGUGAAGGUGCUGGAUGUGAACCUGGUGGGGCUGGUGGAGGUGACCCUGAGCCUCCUGCCGCUGGUGCGGCGGGCGCGGGGCCGCGUGGUCAACGUGGCCAGUGUGAUGGGCCGCGUC